AUGACGACGCCGGGGAUGAGGACGAACGAGACGGUGGGAGUACCUCACCAUGUCCUGCUGAAGCACUCGGAAAAUCUGACCCUGUUCACCUCAUACCACGCUCUCUCGGAGUGUCUGUUCGACAUGGUGAAGGGCUCCGAUACUUCGUUCGAGGUGGAUCGGUACUGCUGCUCUCCCUGA